AUGAAAGCCAAGCUUAUUGCAUUCCAGGCUAUUUUCACUGCAGUUCUCUGCACCCAACAACAGGAAUGUGGCCAUAGUGGAAGUAUAGUGGAAAAUUCCAAGGAAAAGAAAAAGCUACCAGUGCCUAUUCCCGGCACUGAAGAGCAGCAGGAGCUAAGUACGGGGAAGAAAGAAAAUCCUAUUGUUGAGGAGGGAACUUCCGGUAACGAGGGAUCCGGCCAAUCUGAGAAUUCCCAGGAAGGAGAAGAAGAAGAAGAAGAAGGCUUGGUUGACAAUGAGGAGGACUAA